CCCUAAUAAAUACAGGUCGUAGCAGCCCAGUCAGCAGGCGGAACGAAAUUUAUGGUGACUCAAGGCGUUGCGGGAACCUCGAAGGUGGAACUCCACGUAACAAGAAGAUGACCCGAAGCUGCUCUGCAGUGGGCUGCAGCACCCGUGACACCGUGCUGAGCCGCGAGCGCGGCCUCUCCUUCCACCAGUGCGUAUUUCCAACUGAUACAAUACAGCGCUCAAAAUGGAUCAGGGCGGUCAACCGUGUGGACCCCAGAAGCAAAAAGAUUUGGAUUCCAGGACCAGGUGCUAUACUGUGUUCCAAGCAUUUUCAAGAAAGUGACUUUGAGUCAUAUGGCGUAAGAAGAAAGCUGAAAAAAGGCGCUGUGCCUUCACUUUUUCUAUGCAAGCUUCCUCAAGGUGCACGUCUUACAGGUAAAGCAAGUCAGAAAAUCCAAAAACAGCCACUUGCAGAUGAUUCUGAAGAGGUUACUACUGAAGACCAUAACUAUAGUUUAAGAAAUCCCUGGGCAGAAGAUACAGAGAGACUGUCUGAGGUGCAACAAAUGUUAGAAGUGUCCGAAAAAAAAAUUGGCUCUGUAAAAAACUACAGGAUGAUCAAGAGGAGGAAGGGCUUGCAAUUAAUUGAUACCCUUGUAGAAGAAAAACUACUUUCUGAAGAAACAGAGUGUCUGCUACGAGCACAGUUUUCAGUUGGCUGUCCAAAUGCAAACCCAGUCCAGGCUUCAACAGCAACAGUUUUUCUUUUCUCCAACAAAGAGUAGAGAGUGGAGACCAGCAGUAUCAGUAUUGCUCUUUGGUAAUAAAAGGCAUACCUCUCAAGCAGAAACUGCAGUGGGAUCCCAGCAGCCAGAGUUUGCAAGGAUUUAUGGACUUUGGUCUUGGUAAACUUGAUGCUGAUGAAAUGCCACUUGCCACAGAAACUGUUUUGUUAAUGGGAGUGGGCAUUUUUGGUCAUUGGAGAGUGCCUCUUGGUUACUUUUUUGUAAACAGAGCAUCUGGAUACUUGCAAGCUCAGCUGCUUCGUCUGACUAUUGGCAGACUGAGUGACAUUGGAGUCAUUGUCCUGGCUGUUACCUCUGAUGCUACAGCUCACAGCAUCCAAAUGGCAAAAGCCUUGGGGAUACGUAUGGACGGAGACAACAUCAAGUGCACAUUCCAGCAUCCUUCGUCUUCCAGCCAGCAGAUUGCAUACUUCUUUGAUUCUUGCCACUUGCUGAAGUUAAUAAGAAAUGCGUUUCAGAGUCUGCAAAGCAUUCAGUGCAUAAACGGCACGGCGCACUGGCAGCACCUUGUGCAGCUGGUGGUACUCGGUGAACAGGAAUUAUCGAGUGUGGAAGGGAUCCCAAGUCAACUCGCAAAUUUGAAAGAUCAUGUACUGAAAAUGAAUUGUGCUGCCCAACUCUUCAGCGAGGGUGUAGCCAAAGCAUUAGAAUAUCUGCUGUCGUUAGGUCUGCCUCCUUUUCAGAACUGUAUCGGUACCAUUCAUUUUUUACGCUUAAUUAGCAAUCUGUUCGACAUUUUUAAUAGUAGGAACUGUUAUGGAAAGGGAUUGAAAAGACCCCUAUUACCUGAAACUUUUAGUGAAAUAAAUCAUGUAUUAAUUGAAGCCAAGACUAUUUUUCUUACACUGUCUGACACGAGCAAUAAUCAGAUCAUUAAAAGUAAACGAAAACUAGGAUUCCUGGGAUUUUUGCUUAAUGCUGAGAGCUUAAAUUGGCUCUACCAAAAUUACAUUUUUCCAAAGGUCGUGCCUUUUCCAUAUCUUCUGACUUAUAAGUUCAGUCAGGAUCAUAUAGAGCUAUUUCUAAAGAAGCUUAGGCAGAUGUUAGUAACCAGUUCUAGCCUUACCUGUAUGGCAUUCCAGAAAGCUUACCAUAACUUGGAGACCAGAUGCAGAUUUCAAGAUGAAGUUUUCCUGAGUGAAGUAAGCAUCUUUGACAUUUCAGUCGCUCAAAGGAAAGACUUGGCCCUUCGCACAGUUCAGCAUCAAUAUGGCGGCAGCACCAUAAAGUCUGUUUUUCACAAGGAGGAGAUUUGCCAUGACUGGUCUGGCUGUUCCCUCAGUGAGGCAUUGCUAGACCUGUCAGAGCAUAGGCAAAGGCUCACCUGCUGCGCUGGGUAUGUUGCAGAUAGGUUGUCUGUUCUUUUGCUGUGUGAAGACUGUAUCAGUGCACUGUAUGCAUUGAACCCCAAAACCCCUAAAAUUGGGUCACUGUUGUGUGUUAAAAAGAAAAAUGGCUUUCAUUUUCCUUCAGAUAGUCUCUGUAGGGUCCUUAAUAUUUGUGAACAAGUUGUACGAACCUACGCAAAAAUGGCAAAUUUUGAACUAGUUCCUAAACAGAGGAAAUUGUAUCUGCAACAGAAAAUACUACAGGAGCUUUCUGGGCACUCCUACCUUUUUGUAGAUUUAGAUGAGCAUCUCUUUGAUGGAGAAGUAUGUGCCAUCAACCACUUUGUAAAGUUGCUAAAGGAGAUAAUAAUCUGUUUCUUAAACAUAAGAGCUAAGGAUGUAGCUCAGUACCCCUUAGGGCAUCAUUUGGGAUGACUUGAAAGGAAUACCUCACCAAGGAAACACUGGUCAUUUUUACAGGAUUACGGAUGUUCAAGUUUCACCAAUACCAAUAAUAAAUUCAGCUAUAUUUUUAUGCCAGAACAGUGGGUAUCCAUUCAAAUGAAGAAUCUAAAAUAUAUAAACAUUUUUACUAAAAUUCACUUUACUGUAUUUUAUAAGUUCAUCAUUCUGCACAGCGGACAAGUUUGCAAUUCUGGUUGAAUGCAUAUUAUAAAAUGCGCUCAUAUGGACUGCAGGGUUUAUGAACUCUCCAAAUUGUAGGAAGUACUUAAGUGUAGCAUCAUACCAUCACCAAAAUACUACCUUUGAAGUUCUGUAAGACCUAUUCAUGUGACUGAACAACUUGGAGACCCCCAAGCAUCAACUCCUUUUAUAAACAGACUACAUUUCCGAAAAUAGCUUUAGUUUACAGUUCUUAACAAUGCUGAGCACCCAGCCUGGCAGCAAAGGCCUGUAAUCCCAGCACUGAGAAGCUGAGGCAGGAGGAUCUCCAUGAAUUUGCAGCCAGCCCGGGCAACACAG